GUCCCUUGACCUUUACCUCAUGCCUACAUCCGCGUUUUUGCAACGCUCACGUCGGUGUACCGACGUUCGUAGCGACCGUACGAUCGGCCUACGAGCCUUCACUGAGUAAUCGCACAAUGCCUAUCGCCGCUCUCCGCAAUGCCCUGUCCUCCAUCGCCCAAUACCCCAGCUUCACCCAGGCUCAGAAGCUGAAGGCCUGUCGUGACAUGGAAAAGGUUCUCAGACAACCUCGCGUCUUCCACGAUCUCGCUCGGGACCCGGAAGCAUUGGUGAAGGAAUACAAGAUUCGGCUCCCCGUCAAUAUGUUGUUGUUGCCUGGACCAUUUCGCGACGCGCACAUAACUCUGGCGCACACGAAUCUCCUGCUUAUCAUGGCAGCAGACUCACCUGCGAUCCUCGAUAUAAUCAUUCGCGCGUACCCGAGCACUUGGCGGUGGAUCGUUUUCUUCCAUCCUAGGUUCGGAAACACCAUCCGCAACGCGAUGGAGGAUGUGCAGAUUGUGGAACGGGCCAUCACCUCCCUGGGCGUGUUCCCGCAAGGUCGCGAAGUCAUACGCAGUAUGCCAGACGGCUUCUAUCUCCUCUUCGACAUAUGGAUCAACCUCUUCGACUAUGCGCCCCCGUCAGCCGUCACUAAAGAGUGGCCGGAGCUGGAAGAAUGCGACCGGUCCCUUGGCACCAUCAUUCGCUCCUUCUUCGAUGACAUCCCCGGCAAACCAGCAGAGAAGCGAAACAAUCUCGACGCUAUCAUGCUCAUGGAGGCCGCGCUCGCUACGACGGAUGGCAACAUCCGCAAACUACACCGGAAGGCCCUAAACGACAGACUACGCCCUUUCAUAGCUAGAAAGCCCAUCCCUAUCGAAGAGCUCGGACUCGCUCUCUCCUCGACCCAAGCUAUCCUCACCGGUCUCAACAUAAAUCGGACUGCCCCACUGCCUCGCGAUGUUGUCUACACCAUCGUCGACGCCUGGAAGGCCAUUUCCAAUGGACCCUACACCAGCCUCGUCCGCAAAGCCAGCGAGCACUUCGCGACUAUAUUGGUAGAAUUCUACGAGCGUGCGUCUGACGUGCGGCAGCUGGCUUGGGCUGUUCGGGCGGGCGCUGUACCUCUCAUUCUGCAGCUCGUUCGGACGCGGGGGCCCAGGGACGAUAUCAACGGCCCUUUCCUGCUGCAAUACUUGCGUGCGCAUAUGAUCUACCGUAACUUUAUGCGCGUCCUUCACCGAUACGCGGGACCUAUCAUGAUCCUUAGGAAGGACGACCCGGUGCCCGUGCGCGCGUGCAUUACGGAGUACCAGGAGAACGUCAAGCGGCUUGAUCAAGUCAAGGCAUGGAUGCAGUCGCUCUCCUGCCACAAUCCGGAGUGUCCUUCAACCGGCUCGCCGUCAACCCUCAAGAAGUGCGCUGACUGUCGGUCAGUGUUCUACUGCUCCGAAGAGUGUCAAGCGCAGCACUGGAAAGCUGAACAUCAUCGGUCCUGUGGCGCCUCAGACUCCAAGCCUGAAUACUUCACCCCAGCGGACUUCCAGUACACGACCGCCAUCACCAAGAAGUACCUCAUCAAGAUGCGGAACACCAUCCUCGCGCAGGUCGCCAGCGUCCAGAAUGCACCUUCCUUCGACCCCGCCACCGAGGCCGUCAUGGUUGUGCUCGACUUCGCCAGCCUGAACCUCGGCGGCAGCUUGGAGGUUCCCCAAGAGCCGGGGAUUGGGGCGACGGCCAUCGCUGCCAACUUCCGGAAGUUCAACGAGCGGGAGAGGAAAGUGGGCUUCCUGCAGGUCGUGCUUCCCGAUGGCUCUGGGGUUGAGGAGGGCGUUGGAAUUUAUAUGCGAACCGCGCCCUUUGACUUCGAGCGGUUCAAGGAGGGAGAGAUGCCUUCCUUCUUGCUGUAUACGCCGGCAUUGUACCAACAUCUCAAAUAGCAUCGUGAUCGUUACGCAGCUAAUCAAGGCGCUUACUACAUACCCCAUUGUCCCCGUACCUGCACGAUCUGCAACCCGACCGUAGAAGGGUGUCAACGUACUUAAUUUCUAGUCGCGCGUUGCUCGUACGGAUACCAAACAGUGAAGACGAAAAGGGCUGCUCAUUGGGAGGACCCGCACACGAAUGCACCAUAUUCCGCGCAAUAUGCU